AUGGCCGAGGUGGCACUGACCCAGCUGCGCCGCGCCAUCCACAGCGAUCAAGGACGCAUUCCCGGCGUCAUUGUGGAGAGCGUGUGGGCCGCCUUCGAUGUGCUCGUGCCGCCCGUCGUUCAGGACAGCGCCACGAAUGACAACAUCACAUCCGCGACGGAGGAUAACUUCUUUCUGUUUAUCUCGACCCUCAACGAGCUCAACUUUGACCUGGACGCCGUGGUGAGGGCGAGCGCGCGGCUGGCGGCGAAGGUGGACACCUACCUGACGCUGCUAAGGCAGGCAGAGGCACAGGAAACACAGCGCGCGGCAGCAGCGACUGCCUCUGGCACUGCACAGGCCGCUUGCGAUGAAGGUGAACCCACAGAGCUCAUGAAGGCUAAGGGAGAGGUCAUGCAGUGCUGCUUCGAGGCCCGCAAUGCCGGCUCUCCUCUGUAUUACACGUGGUUGUGGCACACAGCCGCCAUGCCAGAUGGCCUGCGACGGCUCAUGCACUUUCGAAAGCUGACCCACUUCUUCGAGAGCUUGUGCAAGCGACACAUCAAGAAUCUCACGCCGCCGCCGCCACGCUCGUUGUCCUCGUUGGCGCCUGUCACUGACGAGUCUGUGGCGUCACCGUCAGCAGCAGCUGCAGCGAGCUCCACGGAGAGGGACCGCUGCGCCGGCGAGCUCUCCAAGUGGCAUCGUCGUCUUGUCGAGGUGGGUCUCAUCGGUAGGGCCAUGUCGCUUCUUUUCCACGACUUCUUCUCCAAGGAGUACUUGGUGAUGGAGGAGCUGACGUGGCCCUCGACGCCGCCGUCGAUGCUGGACCAGAUCAUGCGUGCCGAGUCUGUCCACCCCUUCGUCCGCGGACUCGAAGACAUGCGCCAUCGCCUUCAGCCGGCUCACCACCGCCACUUGUUUGCCUUUCUACACCCCGCCGUCGUCGAUGAGCCGCUUAUCGCCGUGCAGGUAGCGCUGACGCACGGCAUUACCAGCUCUGUGGACCAGAUCUUAGGUCGCCCUACGCCGCUGUCAGACCCGGCGAACAUGUCGCAGGCGGCUCUCUACUUCCGCGAUGUGCCGCAAUCCUCCUCCACGGUGGACUGCGCCGGUGCGGCGGAUGACGACAACGUGAACACUGCCAUCUUCUACAGUAUCAACUCUGCGCAGAGUGCGUUGCGCGGCAUGGACAUGGGCAAUCGUCUCAUCAAGCGCGUCGUGCAGGAAGUGAAGGGCAACAUCAACGCCAGGCGGCAGGCGCGCAGCUUGACGCCAAUCAACACCUUCUGCACUCUCUCACCCAUCCCGCUCUAUGUCAAGUGGCUGGCUGAUGAGGUGGCCGCGCUGGCGGCCACCGAUGCGACAGUGACCACAGCAACAGCGACGACAAGCGGCAUCUUUGGCAGGCAGCUUUCCCCAGCGGAGGAAGAGACGCGCUGCUGGGAGCCGCUUCGCGAGGCCGUUCUCAGCUACGUCCUGCGGCACCCUGAUGUGCUACCCACGGAGGGGCGUGCGAUGAUGAGGGCGACCGAAAGCAGUCGCGGCAACCCCGCAGCCGUUAACACAGCGGUACUGCAGUAUCUCGUAUGUCUCCUUCAGAGCGCAUGUGCCGCCUCCUCGUUGUCGCAUGAUGAAAGUGCCCCGUUUGGCUCGGGCAGCACCCCAACGCAGCGGCAUCAGCAGCCAUGGUGGAUGGACCAUACCUUCACAAUGGCCCUCGAGACCCCACUGUUGCGCUCCGUCGCCACGUACCUGUGCACCGCCAAGCGUAGCCAUGAUGGCCGCAUUCUCGACCCAGUCGGCAACUUUCACGUGUCGAACGGCGCCACCGUUUAUCGGUUGAACUUCCUCGCGAACACGACCCCACAAGCCAGUCGUGAGAGUGCCUGCGUCAUGGUGAACUACUGGUACGACCUGCCAAGGGUGUUAGCCAACGCCGCGCAGUACGAGGUGAGUCGCACCGUGUCUCUUGGCGAGCCAAUCAAGGCGCUGCUGGGGAACUGA